AUGACAGAAACGUCGACCACCGCGCUCGUCCUCCACGGCGCAAAGGACCUCCGCGUCGAACAACGCACAGUCUCGGCCCCAGCAGCCAACGAAGUCCAAGUCGCAAUCCGCGCAACAGGCCUCUGCGGCUCAGACCUACACUACUACAGCCACGGCCGCAACGGCGACUUCGUCGUCCGCGAACCAAUGUGUCUAGGCCACGAAUCAUCCGGCACAGUAACAGCAAUUGGAAGCAGCGUGCACACCCUAAAAGCCGGCGACAGAGUCGCCCUGGAAGUAGGCCUCCCGUGCCGAAAAUGCGCACUAUGCAAACAAGGCCGGUACAACAUCUGCAAAGAAAUGCGCUUCCGCAGUAGCGCAAAGACAUACCCCCACCUCGACGGAACACUCAUGGACCGCACGAACCAUCCAGCAGACAUGUGCCACGUCCUCCCUGACUGUGUCAGUGACGCGGCAGGCGCCCUCGUCGAACCACUCGCCGUCUGCCUGCACGCUGUCCGUCGCUCACACCCGCCCACAAAAGAAGAAGUAGAGCUCAACGCCGCAGCGGGCGAAGAAACCGCUGCGCUAGUCUUCGGCGCAGGCGCAAUCGGUCUCUUGAUUGCAGGCGCACUGGCCGCAAGUGAGAACUUCACUUCUAUCCUCGUCGCGGAUAUCGACGAGCGUCGUCUCGAUAUCGCCAAGAGUAUGGGGCUAGGACUUAAGACAGCGCUUAUUCCUCGUGGUGAUCCUUCGAACCCGCCUCCGGCGAAGGAUGCCCCCCAUGCAGAGCAGACAGCCUAUGCCCUUUCGACUGCGCAAUCUGUCGCUGCGGCUCUCACUAGCGUUGCAUCCUCUGGUUCUGGUUCUGGAUUGAGUAUGCCCGGUUUCAGCCGUGUCUAUGACUGCACUGGUGUGCCAGCCUGUGUUCAAGCGGGGAUCUAUGCCUCUGCGCCUGGUAGUGUGUUGGUCCAGAUUGGAAUGGGAAACCCGGUGCAGACUGUUCCUGUUGGUGCGGCUGCGUUGCGGGAGGUUGAUAUUAUUGGUGUGUUCCGGUAUGAUGGGGCUGCAUAUCCUGCGGCUAUUUCCUUACUUGCUAGUGGGAAGAUGAGGAGUGUUGAGGAGAAGGUUGUUACGCAUCGCGUGAAGCUUGAGGAGGGGGCUAGGGCUUUCCAGCUUGCUGGAGCUGGUGUUGAUGAGGAGGGGAGGCCGGUUGUUAAGGUUAUUAUUGAGAAUCGGGGGCGGGAUGUUUCGUUGUAG